UUCAAGGCUAUUACGUAUGCCACGUCUACUCUUUUCGUUUCCAUUCAUAUUUUUUUUUUCACAAAGAACGACAGUAUUGCAUUCUAGUGGAGAAGAGGAUCACUCCUAUAAACAGUGACUACGUUGCUUUAUCAUCAUCAUUAUCCAUCCCUCUUUCGUCGAAUUGAUCAUAUGGAACUUCCCGUUGAAACGAUCAGCUUUGUAGCUGUUCUCUUCCUCUUGCUUCUCUCCUCGUUCUUUCUUUUCAAAAGAGCUACUGCCCAUAAACGCAAAGAACCUCCAGAAGUAACCGGCGGAUGGCCAAUAAUCGGCCAUCUACAGCUUCUCAAAGCCAAUAACUCACAACUCCCACAUGAAACCUUAGGAUCAUUGGCCGACAAAUAUGGACCAAUAUUCCGCAUCCGAAUCGGCGCCCAACCAACUCUCAUUAUUAGCAGUUCAGAAUUAGCUAAACAAUGUCACACCACUCUUGAUUCAAUUGUCUCCUCUCGCCCCAAAAAUGUUGGAGGAAAGCUGUUGGGCUACAACUAUGCAGCGUUUGGCACCCGGGCUUACGAUUCCUUUUAUCGUAGUAUGCGUAAAAUCGUAGUCUCCGAAGUGCUUUCGAAUCGCUGUUUGGAGUUACAGAGAGAUGUUAAAGUUUGUGAGGUGACGAAAUCGUUGAAGGAGGUUUAUAGUCAGUGGAUAAAGAGAGAGGAAGGGUCAGACUAUGUAUUGGUUGAUGUGGAAGAGUUUAUUGGGAAUAUUAAUUUGAAAGUGGUUUUGAUGAUGGUUUGUGGGAAGCGGUUUCUUGGUGGUUGUGGUGAGGAUGAGGAGAUGAAACGGUGUCGUAAAGUGAUGAGAGAUAUUUUGGAUUUGAUGGGGAAGUUUGUGGUGGGAGAUUCUAUUCCUUUCUUGAGAUGGUUGGAUGUGGGUGGAUAUGAGAAAGCUAUGAAGAUUACUUCAAAAAAAUUCGAUUCCCUUUUGGAGGAAUGGCUGGAAGAUCACCGUCGGAGGAGAAACUCCGGCCCCGUCGACGGUGAACAUGAGGACUUCAUGGGUCUAAUGCUUUCUAAUCUCAAAGGGAUGGAUCUUGCUGGGUAUGAUGCCGAUACAGUCAACAAAGCUACUUGUAUGAGCAUUAUCACUGGGGGAAUUGAUACUGUAACGGUAACUCUGGCAUGGGCCAUCUCAUUACUGCUCAACAAUAGGGAGGUACUAAGAAGGGCACAAGAGGAGCUAGACAUCCAUGUAGGAAACAAGAGGCUAGUGGAUGAAUCAGACAUAAGCAAGCUAGUGUAUCUCCAAGCUGUGGUGAAUGAGACAUUAAGGUUGUACCCACCCGGACCGUUGUCGGGUGUACGAGUGUUCAGUCAGGACUGCACAGUCGGAGGCUACGACGUCGUGGCUGGCACGCACCUCAUUACAAACCUUUGGAAGAUACAGACGAACCCUCAGGUGUGGGCAGAGCCUUUGGAGUUUAAGCCUGAGAGGUUUCUAAGUAGAAACAAACAGCUGGAUGUGAAAGGGCAAAGCUUUGAAUUUGUCCCAUUUGGUUGUGGAAGAAGAGCUUGCCCUGGAAUGAACCUUGGGAUUCAGAUGACACAAUUGAUGUUAGCAAGUCUAGUUCAUUCGUUGGAACUUAGAACUUGUUGUGAUGAACCAGUGGACAUGGCUGCUGGGUUUGGUCUCACAAUGUAUAGAGCCAACCCCCUUCAAGUUCUUGUCAAGCCGCGUCUCCUUGCUAGUGCUUAUGCAUGAAGCGACUUGACUGUAAUGUGAUGAGUGGAAGCCCAAAAUAUUAAGCUAUUUUUUGGAAAGGAAAAAAAGAAGUCGUAUUUAUAGAACCUAUUAAAUAGUUAACAAACAAAUUUGGGUUGUUCUAGGUAAGAAUUGUUUUGCUAUAUUAUUUGUAGAAAAGAUAAAAGUGGCGGCUAGAUUUGCAAUAUUAUACUAAAUUUGGAGUUGCUUUUAGCACAA